CGCCGACUAAGUUGACUGACAAUCGCAUUUUCCUUUACUCAAUUUUUUUUUCUCCGUAUCUAUCUACCUUGCUACCUAGGUAUCCAACACUACUUCUUAUCGCCACCAUGUUGCGUGCUUGUCCCACCUUGCCCACAAGCAUGCAGUCCCACGCGGUUUCCCCAUCCAUCACUCUGGAAGCGAGCGGAGAGUUCUUGUUCACUUUAGCGGCUAGCCAUGCAUGAUAGCCAGUGGUUUUUGAGGCUUUUGAGGUUUGUUUUUCGGGUUGUGGAGCUGAAGGAUACCAGAUCGAAAACCGUCACAAACAUCUAGCGUCAAAGUUGCAUUUUUGCUGCCGAGAUUUAAUGGUCCACUCGCUACCUUCUUGCGGGCUGGCCAUUCAAGCUUGGGAGCAAAGAUCGGGCUGGACCUCUGGUACAUAUGAAGGUUGACAGCCUGCUAUUUUAGAAACGCAAAGUUGCCUUGUCUCUCUACCCGAAACCCUAAACUUUUUGAGGUCGACAACAUCAGUCGUUUCGAGAGUCAACUUGGACUUGCUCAUCAUCAGUCAGGGUUUGACAAUUGUCAUCAAGCCAGCAUGUCUACCCACGUAGCGGCUGCUCUGGAUCAGGGCACAGGUUAUGGGAUUGUCCUCGGCCUGGGAGCUCUAUUUGCCUUUGGUAUGAUAUUUGUGACAUUUGUCCUCAAGCGUUACAAUGCCGAGCGCCAAACAUCCGAGAUGUUCAACACGGCCGGUAGGACCGUCAAAUCGGGUCUUGUCGGCUCGGCGGUCGUGUCUUCGUGGACAUGGGCGGCCACGCUCCUCCAAUCCACUGGUGUCUGCUACCGUUACGGAGUAUCGGGGCCGUUUUGGUAUGCGAGCGGUGCCACGGUUCAGAUCAUCCUUUUCGCAACCCUCGCUAUCGAGCUAAAGCGUCGCGCACCUAAUGCGCACACAUUCCUUGAAGUGAUCAAGGCGCGCUUUGGAACCGCCGCCCACAUCACCUUUAUGGUCUUUGGCCUCGUGACCAACAUUCUGGUGUCUCUGAUGCUCAUCGUCGGCGGCUCGGCCACCGUCAAUGCCCUCACAGGAAUGCACACAAUCGCCGCCAUUUACCUUCUGCCAGUGGGUGUCGUAGCGUACACCAUGGUAGGAGGCCUGAAGGCAACUAUCCUGACGGACUGGGUCCACACCUUCAUCCUCCUCGUCAUCAUCAUCAUCUUUGCCCUUACAACCUACGCCACCUCGGAAGACCUUGGCUCUCCAUCGGCUGUGUACGAUCUGCUCGUCGAGGCAGCAUCUCGCCACCCAGUCGAAGGCAACAAAGACGGCAGCUACCUGACAAUGCAGUCUAAGGAGGGCGCCAUCUUCUUUGUCAUCAACAUUGUCGGCAACUUCGGUACCGUCUUCCUCGACAACGGCUACUACAACAAGGCGAUUGCCGCGUCGCCAGUCCAUGCCCUCCCCGGCUACAUCCUCGGUGGCCUGUCCUGGUUCGCCAUUCCCUGGCUGACGGCUACCACCAUGGGCCUAGCCGCCAUCGCGCUCGAAAGCAACCCGCGAUUCCCUACCUUCCCCAACCGCAUGUCCGACAGCGAAGUCUCCGAAGGCCUCGUGCUCCCCUACGCGGCCGUGGCACUGAUGGGCAAGGGCGGAGCGAUAGCCACCCUCCUGAUCACCUUUAUGGCAGUCACAUCAGCCACCUCAUCAGAGCUCAUUGCCGUCUCCUCCAUCUUCACCUACGACUUCUACCGAACCUACUUCAACCCCAACGCGAGCGGUAAGCGCCUGAUCUGGAUCAGCCACUGCAUCGUGGUCGGCUACGCCAUAUUCAUCGCCACCUUCUCCGUCGGCCUGUGGUACGCCGGUGUAAGCAUGGGCUACCUGUACCUCAUGAUGGGCGUCAUCAUCUCGGCCGCCGUCCUGCCCGCAGCCCUCACCCUGACCUGGUCCGGCCUGAACAGGUGGGCCGCAACGCUGUCGCCCAUCUGCGGCCUGGUCGCUGCCCUGGCCGCCUGGCUCGCCACCGCUAAGCGCGAGUGCGGCGUCCUCGACGUGACGUGCACCGGCUCCAAUAACCCCAUGCUGGCGGGCAACGUGGUAGCUCUGCUGUCGCCCGUGGUGCUGAUAGCGAUUUUCACGGUCAUAUUUGGUGUGGACAAAUAUGACUGGGUUUCCAUGAUGAACAUCCGUCAAGCAGACGAUCACGACCUCACCGACGCCGCAGGGGUGGAUGCUGAAGUUGCGCAGGCCCAGCAGGCCGAGACGCAUGACAGUUUCGAGGAGGAGCAGCGCAAGCUUGUGCGCGCCGGCAAGAUUAGCAAGACGAUGACGGUGUUGAUGACCGUCGCGUUCCUCGUCCUGUGGCCGAUGCCAAUGUACGGCACAGGCUACAUAUUCUCGAAGCCUUUCUUUACCGGCUGGGUCACCGUCGGCAUCAUCUGGAUCUUCUGCUCCCUGGGCGCGGUUGGACUGUUCCCCAUAUACGAGGGCAGGAAGACGCUUGUCAACACCUUCAAGUUCAUGAUAUCCGAUCUCGGCGGCAAGCCACGGCUCAAAAAACUUGACGGACAACAGGUCGGCUCGCCGAGCGGUGGCUCAACGCCGGCCGAGAAGGCCCAGGAUUCCAAGGAUGGCGCUGUGCAGGUUACUCCCGCGUGA